AUGUCGGGUGAUCCACGAAAGCGAAACCUGGAACCGGAGACGCCUGGAUCUAGCUCAGACGACCCUUAUGCACAAGUUGCCCGUGAGAUGAAUGGAAAAGGUAAAGUUCUUGGAAAGAAUAAAGGUAAAGGCUGCAAAGGGAAGUUCUAUAAGGUGACUCCACAAGACCCCCUUCUUGCCAUUUCAGCUAGUCAAGCCUACCCUGGAAAGAAUGCACCCAGUGUUGCCUUCAUGAAGGGCAAGUGUCUCGUUGAGAAGGGCACCAAGAGCAGUGGUGAGAAGGGCGAGGGGGUAGAAAAGGGCAAGGGCCAGAAAUCUUCCGCAGUGUCCAAGGGUGCUGCACCAGUUUCCGCAGCUCAAAGUUCAGUCGAGCCUCACAAGGGUAAGGGCCAACCUUCAGGUGACGCUGUGACCAAGGGUGGGAAACCUUCAGGUGACGCUGUGACCAAGGGUGGGAAGCCUACUUCAAACGCCGUGACCAAGGGUGGGAAACCUACUUCAGUGGGUGACGCUGUGACCAAGGGUGGGAAACCUACGCCAGGUGACGCUGUGACCAAGGGUGGGAAACCUACUUCAGUGGGUGACGCUGUGACCAAGGGUGGGAAACCUACGUCAGGUGACGCUGUGACCAAAGGUGGGAAACCUACUUCAGUGGGUGAUGCUGUAGCAAAGGGUGGGAAGCCUACUUCAGGUGACGCAGCGACCAAGGGUGGGAAACCUACUUCAGACGCUGUGAUCAAGGGUGGGAAACCUACUUCAGGUGACACUGUGACCAAAGGUGGGAAGCCUACACAGAUCGAGAAGGGCAAGGGUUUGAAAGGCAAAGUCGAAUUCAUGCCAAAGGGGAAAGGGCCUAUUUCCACCAAUGCAACCACAGAGGCGUCGGCCGGUGAUGGUGGCAAGUCUGCGCCAACAACACCGCACACGGUGAAAGGUGGACCUGAUGAUGAUCGUGGUAAAGGGAAGAGCGCUGUGCACAGCAAUGAGACGACUGAAGCGACAGGGCAAAGGGAAGAACAAGGUAGAUUCUACUGA